AUGGAGAAGAAGCCAAAAACCAAUAUUGUCAACAAAAGAUCCGAGCUUCCACCCGAUGUUCUUCAGUUAAUCUUCUCCAAACUCCCCUUCUUCAAUUUACCCACUUGCAGGCUCGUCUCUACAACAUGGAACAACCUCAUUUCAUCUUGUAAGUUCGAUCCUUCAAUCUCCAUUUCCCAUCUCUUCUUUGCUCGUUUUUAUUCCUCUCGUCAUCCCAAUCUUCAUUGUGUUGAGUUCGAUCCUCAACACGCGGAAGGAAUGAGUACUGUUGCCUCAUUCGCUUUUCACCCUGAUCUUUCCUCCGGUUCUUGUAGAAUCACAAUUAUUAACUCUUGUUCCGGACUCAUUUCUCUUAUUAUCAAUAAAAGAAGAAGACGAGGACAUAGACUUGACCUUGUUUGUGUAUUGAAUCCCAUUACUAACGAGUAUUUCAAACUUCCCACCUCGAGAUCGAAAGGAGAUAGGGUUCCAAACUACUGUUAUGGACUAGGGUUUAGUCCUACAACAAAUCAGUACAAAUUAGCAAGAACCCACUUCACACAUGAUGAAUUUAUUGUUGACAUUUUUGCAUUUGGUACAAGUUGUGAAUGGACCCCUGUUGGCUCAGUGCCUAAUUUUCUCAAUGAAUAUCAUGGUGUUUACUUAAAUGGAGGCCUCUAUUGGGUUGGAAGUCAGAAGCUACCUAACGGCGGAAUAAGUGAUUAUACUGAAGUUAUUUACCGUUUGGAUUUAAAAGAUGAGAAAUUUGAAAAAAUUUCUUUUCCCUUAGAUGGGGGUGAUGAUCCUUACAUUGCAGUCUACAAUGGAACCCUGUAUCUAACUUUUUGUUGUGAGGAUUUCGAUUACCAUGCGUGGAAGAUGGAAGAAGAUUUUUCGUGGAGUAAGGAGUUUGUUCUUGCUUUGCCAGAAAAUGUUCAUCAUUCUCUCCGUCAUCACCCUAUAGGAUAUUAUCUCCAACUCAUUAAGUUUUGUGAAGAUGGAAACAUCUUGUGUCUUUAUGCUGGAAUCCUGUUAAUACUGUAUGACCCCAGCACUCAGACGGUGGAGAUAUUGACGAAUCAAGAUUUUGAAAUAAAGGAAGCCAUGUGGGUUCAUCAAAUUGAGUCCUUCAGUUUCAAUUCUCUCCAUAACAUUUUGGCAGGAAAGUGUUGA